AUGGCGGAUCAGAACCAAAAAGCUGAGAUCUUUGAACUCAACAAUGGAACCGUGCAGCUUCUCGUUACCAAUCUCGGUUGCACUAUCACCUCCUUCUCUGUACCCAACAAAGAUGGUGUCUUAUCCGAUGUUGUUCUUGGUCUCGACUCUGUUGAAUCCUAUCAGAAAGGUCUUGCUCCUUUAUUUUGGCUGCAUUACCCCCAAACAGUCUCCAAUGGUGGAAAUGUUGGGUUUGAUAAGAAGUAUGAAAGUCAUGAUGGAGAGGAAGGUUAUCCUGGAGACAUCACUGUUACCGCAACUUACACACUCACCUCAAGCACGACUCUGAGGCUCGACAUGGAAGGAGUGCCUAAGAACAAGCCAACAAUCAUUAACUUAGCUCAGCAUACCUAUUGGAACUUAGCUGGCCAUAACUCAGGCCAUAUACUUGACCAUUCAAUUAAGAUAUCGGCUAAUCAUGUCACUCCUGUAGAUCAGAACACAGUGCCAACUGGCGAAAUCAUGCCAGUGAAGGGUACACCUUUUGAUUUCACGGCCGAAAGGAGAAUAGGCGACACCAUUAAUCAGGUUGGACUAGGAUACGACCAUAACUAUGUCCUCGAUUGUGGCGAAGAGAAAGCUGGUUUGAAGCAUGCUGCAAAAGUUAGGGAUCCAUCGAGUUCAAGGGUACUUAACUUUCACAUUUCCCCGUCUGUUGUGGUUCGACCUGGCGAGAAAUAUCAACAUUCUAUGUUGUUUGAGUUUUCAAUUGAAUGA